UGCUCUGAUAAACUGGAUCUUCAGUGAAAGCAGCUCGAACCGAACCGCCAGCAACCUCCUAUUGGGUUAGCCAGGGAGCGGCACCAACGCCAUUGGAUCAUCAACCAAUAGAGGAACCGCCCGCAGGAUUGAUUACAGGAGUGGUUUUAAAUCGCAAAUCGCGACGCAAUUACUGUGGUUAAAAUUGACUGAGUGGUUUGAAACUUGAAUACAUACCAGACAGAGAGAGACCUGCAGAGAGCCCGCUGUGUGACACGCAUGCAAAAGAUUCAGAGGGAGCGUGCAAAGAGGAUGGACUCUGCAGGAGAAGAAGCGUCCCUGAAUUCACCUGAGCUGCCCUGGAACCAGCUCUAUUUGAAGAGAAGGACCGAGUCCAGGAUCCAGUUAAGGAGGAGAGUGUGCUUCACUGGCCCUGCUGCUGCUGCUGUUACCGGGGUAUUUGCAAUCCUCAUACUGGCUGCUGGCAGGGUCAGCGGCAGUGAGUUUGUGACAGUCCCGAGCUCAGUGAAGUGUACUGAGGGGCAGGACUGUAUCCUGAGCUGCACCUUCAACCACACAGGUGGAGGCUGGGAUGAGAAGACAGGUGUGACCUGGAGAAGAGCAGAAACACAUGACAUCGUUCACAGUUACUAUGACAACAGGGACCAGCUUGCCCAUCAGCUCCCUCAGUAUGUGAGCAGGACCAGCCUGCUUGAUUCUGAGCUGCAGCGCGGGAACGCUUCACUGCUGCUGAGGAGAGUCAGGGAGGAAGACUCUGGAAAAUACAAGUGCUCUGUUUACGCUCCUAGACUGCACGGGACGGGCCUGACUGAGGUAGUCGUGGUUCCGGCUGAACCCACAACAGCACCAGCUCAUGUGACAGUGCUGAGCUCAGUGAAGUGUACUGAGGGGCAGGACUGUAUCCUGAGCUGCACCUUCAACCACACAGCUGGAGGCUGGGAUGAGAAGACAGAUGUGACCUGGAGACGAGUGGAAACACACAGAAUUGUUCACAGUUACCAUGACAACAGGGACGAGCUUGCCCAUCAGCUCCCUCAGUAUGUGAGCAGGACCAGCCUGUUUGAUUCUGAGCUGCAGCGCGGGAACGCUUCACUGCUGCUGAGGAGAGUCAGGGAGGGAGAUACUGGAGAAUAUGAGUGCUUUGUUUCCACUCCUAGACUGAACGGGUCGGGCCUGACUGAGGUAGUCGUGGUUCCGGCUCAACGACACCACUGGUGGGUUUUAGGAGCAGUUCUUCCUCUUCUUUGUGUGGUUGCCGGUCUCUGUGUCGGACUGUGUUGCUGUAAACAACACGCAGUUUGCUGCUGGAAGUCCAACAGGGCCUGAUUGCCUGCACGUCGCCGGUUCUAUUCCAGGCUAUUCCACUGCCGACCGACGACAGGAGCUCCCAGGGGUGGAGCAGAAUUGGUUGAGCACCACUCGGGGGGAGGGAGGGCUAGGGUGUCCUCGGCUCACCGCGCACCAGCUCCCCCUGUGGUCCGGCCGGGCGCCU